AUGCCACCUGAUUCCACCUGGGAGGACCCCAACACUGUCCACCCUGAGACCAAGGCCAAGGGUGACAACGACCCUCUCGAUGUCUGCGAGAUCGGUGAGCUUGUCGGCUACCCCGGUCAGGUCAAGCAGGUCAAGGUCCUUGGUGUGAUGGCCCUUCUUGAUGAGGAAGAGACCGACUGGAAGGUCAUCGUCAUCGACGUCAACGACCCUCUGGCUCCUAAGCUCAACGACGUUGAGGAUGUUGAGCGCCACCUGCCUGGCCUCCUCCGCGCCACCAACGAGUGGUUCCGUAUCUACAAGAUCCCCGAUGGCAAGCCCGAGAACCAGUUCGCUUUCUCCGGCGAGUGCAAGAACAAGAAGUACGCUCUCGAGGUUAUCCGCGAGUGCGCUGAUGCUUGGGAGAAGCUCAUGACUGGAAAGUCUCCCAAGGGCGAGAUCAGCACCAAGAACGUCUCCGUUGCGAACUCCACCGACCGUGCUGAACCCAGCGAGCUUGCCGCCAUUCCUCAGGGCCAGAACCUCCCCCCUGCCCCUAUUGAUGGCAGCGUUGACAAGUGGUUCUUCAUCUCCGGUGCUGCUGUGUAA